AUGGAAACUACAAAACAUAUGGCUACAGUUUCAAAACAACUUGUUGAACAAAAAGGUCUCCUUUCACUUCCAGAGCCCAAAAAAGGAAAAAAAAUAAGUGAAAGUACAAAACGACUUGUACUUGAUUUUUAUAAUGAUGAAAGAAACAGUUCAACGAUGCCUGGAAAGAAAGAUUUUUUAUCAAUUCGAGAUGAAAGUGGAAAACGAACUCACGUCCAGAAAAAGUUAGUGCUAUCAAAUUUGAACGAAUUAUUCAGGAGUUUCCAAGCUGAGUAUCCCACUAUUAAGAUUGAAUUCUCAACUUUUGCAGCAAUGAGACCAAGAUAUUGUAUUUUGGCAGGAGCCUCCGGUACUCACACUGUGUGCGUUUGUUCAAUACACCAGAAUAUCAAGCUCAUGAUUUUAGGUUGUAAUCUUAAAGAGCUGACGAAAGACAGCACUUUGCAAAUUGAAUCUUAUGAAGAUUGCAUUAAUGCAGUUAUUUGUUCUGAAUCAACGGACGCUUGUCACCUCGGAAAUUGCUUAAACUGCCCUAAAAUGGAUGUACUGAAUGAUUACUUAGAUAAGUUGCUUGAAGAUAAUGAAAUUUUUCAGAUAUCAUAUAAACAAUGGGUAGCAAAGCCACGAACUACUCUUGAAACUGUUAUGCAAGAUUCUUUUGAUUUUAUUCGUGACUUUUGUGAAAAAACUGAAAACCUUCUAAGACAUGCAUUUAUUGCCAGAUGUCAAGGAAACUUCUUGAAAACAUUGAAGGAAUCAAUCAAUGACGAUGAAGCAAUUGUUAUUUGUGAUUUCGCAGAAAAUUACGCUUUUAUUAUUCAAGAUGCUGCACCUGGAUUCCAUUGGAACAAUAACCAAGCUACUGUUUAUACGGUAGUUAUAUACUUUAAGGAUUAUCACAAAAGUUUAGCAAUUGUGUCAGAUAACAGUCAUCACGAUGCAAUUGCGGUUCACAUAUACACAAGAAUAACGAUCGAUUAUAUUAAAUCACUUAAUAGUAGAAUAAAAAAAAUACAUUAUUUUUCCGAUGGAGCACCACAACAAUUCAAGAAUUAUAAAAAUGUAGUUACUUUAUGUCAUCAUAAAAAAAACUACGGAAUCGAAGCAGAGUGGCAUUUUUUUGCAACGGCACAUGGUAAAGGGCCUUGUGAUGGAGUUGGCGGUACUCUCAAAAGAGAAGCUGCAAGAGCAAGCCUACAACGACCAACUGAUAAGCAGAUAACUACACCAAAAGAGCUCUACGACUGGGCAAAUGAAGCUAACAGACUACCGAACAUCGCUGUAAAGUAUUCGUCAGCAGAAACUUAUGAACUCGAAAAAAUUGCCAUCGAAGAAUCUUUUACAAAGGUUCAAAAAAUAAAAAAUUUGCAAAAAGUUCACUGCUUGAUUCCUUGUGAAAAUGAUGAGAAGGAAUUUGCUGAGUUACAAGAAGCUGUGAAGAAAGGUCGUUUAAUUAUGGCAUGCAAUGGCGUAGACAAUCGCGAUAUAAUAUUUGAUGAUGGUUAUGUAAUUAAUAAUGAUGAUUUUGCUGAAGAAUAA